AUGUCUACACAAAGACUUAGCAGUGGAUACAGCGGGUAUUUACCCAGCUCCUCUCCUGAUGAUGAGCCGCUUCAUGCACGUAGCGACACAUUUUACGGUCGUCUCGGUUCGAGUGCGCGAGACAGAGGCCACGAGGUGACCCCAUCGAGGCGCGUCUCCUUCUCGCAGUUGUCUGCCCUUCGGAAAAUAUGCGUCCGACUUACUUUCGAUGAAGACGCCUAUCCAGGAGGGAUAGACAUCGACAUCUUUGCGCUUCUUUUUGACAGUGCAUGCUCAUUCGUGGAUUGCAUCUUCUACAAGCACCCUGAAGACGCCAGCGGCAGCUUUUCCCUCAAUCAAAAAACCAACUCCCUGGCUAUUGACUUGGAGACCGUCCCCGACACCUGUCACUCAAUCAUCCUCGCUGCAGCCGUCUACACAACGGGCCUGUCAAUCACGGAGCUGGAGGGCGGUUUAAUAGAGAUAUGCGAGGGGUUCAUGGGUCCUCCCUUGUUUUCAAUCGACCUUCAGUCCCUUCGUGCAAACAACAACGUCGCAACGGACAAAGGAGGCCUUGAGGAAAGUCAACGUAUCGAAGCCGAUUUUGCCCUCGGAAAUCUGAAGAAUCUUCGCACUUUAGACUUUGUGGCGAGGACAAACGAAGUCUCCGCUGCACUCCGUUCAGCAUCUGGAAGAAGUAGCGAAGACGAAAGAAAACUCCCCUCAAUUGACCCGGGAAAACUCGAAAAACUGCAGAGCCGAUUUGCCGCCCUAAGGCGUAGCGAUAGCGGAGCAGGCUCAAAGCUGGAGGCGCGUCUUUCUACCGUUGAAGAGGAACAAAAGCGACUGUCACAGCAGCUUAGUCGAGUUGAGCACAAACUCGAUUUGCUUCUAGAGGGGCUCCACAGCUAG